UAGAGAAAAUUGCAACUUUGGGCCCAAAGGUUUGAAUAAUUAAAUUCAAACCUAUAGUUUUUUUUUAAUAUAAUUUUGGGACUCACAAUCCCAUUUUUAUAUUAUUUUUCUCUCUUCCUCUCACGUUGCUCGGCGUUUUCUCGCAAGGGGGGAUUAUUUUCUUUUUCUUCAGAUUAUAUUGACAAAGAUAGUGGUGAAAAAGGAGUUGUGAAGGGGAACUUGUUAUUCAAGACACAAGGAGCGAAUCCGGCCGAGAAAGCACCAGAGGUGUAAUUAUGGUGUAUGAGACACCAUCUUUUACGUUGCCUCUUAUUUUGGAUUAUACAAUGUAUCUUGUGCCAACUUAGGACAUAUCUUGUCUAUGGAGCAUGUAAACUCUAAUCCUUUUUAUUAAAUGCAUUUAUAUGUCCAAGAGGAUUAUGUCUGUCCCUUUUGAUUCAUGACCUAAUUUAAAUAACAUGCUAUGAGGAUCAUGUCUGUCCCUCAUGGUUCUAAUUGCUUUUUGAGAUAUUUUAAGACCUGUGGUAUAUUGUCUUGGAUGUAUCAUGGUAGAAAUUUUUCUACCAUGAUAAGGGUAUGAUAAGGGUUCAAUGAAAAAAAAAAUGAUUUCUUGAAUUAAUAACUUGCGAAAAAUCGGUUUGUAAAUUUGAGGGUGUUACAUAUUGGUAUCAGAGCAUAUAGUCGGUUGGCAAUAUACAUUGUUAUGGUGCUUCUCAUUGUAUGGCCAUGAUAUAGCUAGGCUAAUUUUAUUAUUUAUAUCUUGUAUCCUUUAGGAGGGGAGAGAAAAUGCCUGUUACUCGUGGUAACUCAGGAUUCCAACAUGAGCACCUGCCACCGCCACUGCCAAAUGAGGAGCCUGACUUGGCGGAAUUAAGAAUGCUUGUAAAAACAUUAACAGACAAGGUUCAAGGAUACGAACAAGAGUUGACGGAGCUAAAGAGGCAAAAGGUAACUGAAAAUGGAGAUAGGGCUCAUGUUGAGAGUCAUGUGGGGGAAGGCAGUUCCUCACAUCCUGCCACUCUGAGAGAUCAUGAGUCUAGAAGGAAAGAAAUUAGGCAGGAGGAACAGAGAGCCCCACCGACCAUUACUGAUGUGUGGGAAACUGUUAGGAAGUUUAACCCUCCUACGUUUGAUGGUAACCUUAAACCAUCCGUGGUAGAGGAAUGGGUGAAGAGACUCGAAUCCAUCUUUCGAGUAGUCACAUGCACCAGCAAUCAAAAAGUACAAGUAGCAUUAGUGCUCCUAGUGAAAGGAGCAAGAGAUUGGUGGGAGACAGCAGGGCCCAGGGAUGAUUCUACACUCACCUGGGAGGAAUUCAAGGAAAAAUUAUUUAGGCAUUACUUUCCAUCAGAGUUAAGGUCUGAGAAGGAAGCGGAAUUCCAUGCCUUUAAGCAAGGGAACCUCGAUGAGGACACAUUCAUUGCUAAGUUUCAGGAGUUAUCUAGAUACUCCACGUACCUGCAGUAUAGGGAUGAUUCCGAAUGGAAGGCUAAGCGCUUAUUGGAGAAGGCUAGACCAGAAUUGAGGGAACAAUUGGCUCAUCUAGAUAUCCGAGAUUAUGAUGAAAUGUGCAUAAAACUACAAGUAGUAGCUCGCAGUAAGAAGGAGGUUGAGAGAGAGAAGAGGGGUUAUUCAUAUAGUAGACCCCCAACCUACCCUCGACCCACCGGAGGCAUUAUGAAGAAAAACCAUCAGGGUUCGAGUAGCUCAUGGAACCAAGGAAGGCAGAAGGGUCCAUUUCAAAGGGGCCAAGGACAGAGGAGCUAUCAUAGUAGUUAUUACGGGUCACAGAGGAGCCCAACAGUAUCUACCCCUGCCCCGAGUACAGCGAGCUCUCAACAGUGCACUAAAUGCGGGCGUCGUCAUUUCGGACAGUGCUGGAUCUGUUACAUUUGUGGGAAACCCGGUCACAUUGCAAAGUUUUGUGGGGACAACCAGGGCUCAAAUAUGAAGAACCCUUCCCAACAUCCUACUGUCUCUGGUCGUGUGUUUGCUCUUACUCAGGACACCAUGAACUCCCCAGAUGCCAUUAGAGAUUAUAUUGACAAAGAUAGUGGUGAAAAAGGAGUUGUGAAGGGGAACUUGUUAUUCAAGACACAAGGGUUUGAAGCUAUGCUCGCAGAUCUUGAUCACUUUACUGCCUUUUCAAUUAGGGUGAUUAAGGGUCUAUACCUAUCAACCGCGCGUGCUCAUGAAAGUUCCACAAGGAGGGUAAGGCUAUAGGCUCUCUAACACGUUGUUGUCAGGAGAGAGAGGGGUUAAGCAUGUGUGCUCCAUUUCUUCAUUCAAAGUUGCCCUAAAGUGGAUAUCAAAACCAUCUACGGGAGGAUGUGGUAUUUCCAUAAUGAUACUUAUUGAAUAAAUCCAAAAUUAGUGUCUUCUCAUUCAUGGGAGGUUUUUUUUAAGACAGUCAAA